GCAGCUGGCCCCCCCAUGCCAGCAGCGGCCAGCGAUGGCGGCCAGGGGCUUGCUGGCCCCCACGGGGCUGCUGUGGCUCUGCCUGGCCCCGGCAGCGCUGCUGAGGCUGCACCAGCCCCAGCCCGUCCUGACUGUGGAGACGGGGAAGAAGGCGGAGAUCGUCUGCGAGGCCAGCGAGGCCAUGGAGAGUAAAGCCAACGUGUUCUGGUACCGGAGCGAUGAUGGGGAGAAGCUCAACCUGGUGCGGGAUUGUGAGAGAGUGUCGAAGAGUGGAUUGUUCUGUGAGUUCACACAGGAAAGUGUCACCCUGAGCAUCAACCCUGCCCAGCCCAACGACACCGGGCUCUACCUGUGUGCAUACCAGAGGGGCUCGAACCUGCAUUUGGGCAGCGGCACCACGCUGCUGGUGGGAGACAGCUGGAUGGGCAGGAGCUGGGUGAUGGUGCUGGCGCCCCGUGGGGCUCCCCAGGGCCCCCCCGGCCCCGUCUGUGCCGUGGGUGACACCACUGGCUCUGUCCUCGUCUCCUGGCCGGGGGCGCCCGGGAGGGUGCUGGGGCUGGGGGGCGGCACGAGGCCGCUCGUCAUCCCCAUGGGCACGGACACGGGAACUGGGGGCCUCUGCCAAGUGCGAUUCAAUGCCUCGGGGCCCCCCAUCCAGAGGAGCGUGGAGCUGUUCAGGGCUGCGGACACCUGCAAGACCCUCAACACCUGGGUUGUGGUUGUGGCUGGGGCCAUGGUGCUGCUGCUCCUGCUCAUCAUCUGCCUCAGCAUCCGCUGCCUCCGCCGCACCACGCCGAUGGGCCACCAGCCUGGGACCACAGAGCCGCCUGCGCCACGGGAGGAUGAGGAAGAGCUGCAGUACGCCCAGCUGAGGUUCGCUGCCCCAGCCAGGCGCACGCCCUGACCCGCAGCCGGACGCGGUGACAGCCCCGACCCCAGAGCUCGUCCCUCCGUGCCCGAACCCCCCCGGCAUGGCGCUGUUGAACCCCCCCCAUCCCGCGGCGCUGGGGCGGCUGCACCCGCUUUGCGGCCAAGGACGAAAUAAAGAGGUUUGGGCUUCGGCGGCAGCAGCCU